CUGUUUACAUCCGACAGGAAGUCUCACACAGACAGCUUUGUGAUUUUUUUUUUCUCUCCCACUAGCUUCGCGUUUUCUUCAUUUUUAACAUAGUAACAAAACACUUCUGCCACUUUUAACCGACUGUAAUUCACGGGGAUGGAGGAAUACCAAAACGGCAACGAGGGCUCCUUCAACUCAGAAGAGGCUGAAAAUGUUGUCAAAGAGUGCAUCGAGAACAUUGUUGGUGCUGAAGACUACAGUCAGACUCAGGUGAACAAAUGGACUGCUGGUAUUGUGGAGCGCUGCCUCACACAGUUGGUCAAACAGGGGAAACCAUACAAGUACAUUGUGACGUGCGCUGUGAUGCAGAAAACAGGAGCAGGACUUCACACGGCCAACUCCUGUUACUGGGACACCACCAUGGACGGGAGCUGUACAGUGAGAUGGGAAAACCGCACCAUGUACUGUGUGGUCAGUGUGUUUGCCGUCGCUGUCGUAUAGGACACAUACACACAAAAGAACACACCGAUGACCAAAACAGCCACCAACACCUGAAGAAGAAUGCAGUGUGUCCCUGUGAACAGCAGGGGGCCACCAAGUGCCACAUCCAAACAGCGCUGUGUCGACCUGAAGAACAGAGACAAAACCCCCUGGAUUUUCUUCAGAUCUUUCAGCCCUCAGAUCCAAUGAAUAUCUAAUCAAUGUAUUUAUAUUCUCACAUCACUGCAUUGGAAUCUCUAUUUAUUACAGAAGGCUGUCAUUAUGCAGCAGCAGCAGCUGUGUGCAACACAUUUACUUUGUUCCCUGUUUUCUGUUCCAAACAUUGUGUCAGAGAAAGAUUAAGCACUUUUGAGGAGCUGAUUGCUGCAAGAAAUAAACGAUUGAUUGAUAGAUGAGAAACCAUAAUUUCUUAUGUACAAAUAAAGGCAGAUAAACAGUCAA